UUAUUUAUGCUAUAAAGAGAGAUAAAAGAGACACAAUGCCGUGGUUUACUUCAUGGCCUGAAUCAAUAAAAAAGCGAGCAUGCCGAUAUUUAUUACAGCACUAUCUUGGACAAUUCCUGCAGGAGAAACUUCGCUUAGACCAGCUCAGUGUGGAUUUAUAUAACGGAACUGGAUAUGUAAAUGAUGUUGCACUCGAUAUAUGGGCUUUAAAUGGAAUGUUAGACCAGGCUCAUGUGCCUAUGGAAAUAGUAGAUGGUUUUAUUGGAUCAAUCGUUGUCACAAUCCCAUGGUCUGCAUUACUGAGUGAUAACUGUAAAGUUGAAAUUAAGGGGUUGGAAGUGACGCUUCAACCGAAGUAUCGCACUGACGUAGAUCAUGGAAAUAUGACUGAUUCUUUGUAUAAAAGUCUUGGAAACAUGACAACAUCAAUGCAACUUGCUGAAGGUUGCCUCAAAGAAGAAGAGGAUGAAGCUCAAGACACAUCUGCUGGAGGACUUUUUGAGGGACUUGAAGUUUUUGCGCAAACUAUUGAAACUGUUCUAUCAAAAAUUAAGGUUUCAUUAACAGAUAUGGUGAUUCGCGUUGAACAUUUGCCGGAAAAUUCUGGAACGGGUAUUGGUCUUGAAGUUCAUAUAGAGCGUAUCGAAUAUUUUGACGAAAUUACAAUGGAGGACAAGAAUGACUCUUCCCCAGCGCACGAGAAGAAACCUCAACACACUGGCGACAAAAAGACUGUUUACCAACAGGAGAGUAUUACAUGCAAGCAUUUUCGAGCUACUGGUAUCAAAAUCCUUAUGGAUGAAUUUCCAGAGCAAUUGAGAACAACUCCACCUGGGUCAACUGGCAGCCCAGAAGCACGAGGUACAGAACCAAUUGACAUAUCGCACACUGAGUUUGAAACGAUGAAAAUCAUAGAGGAGAGACUAGAUAAGCCUCAGAAGGAAACUAAAUACGAUGGCCCAGUUGUAAUUGGAAAAUUUUUUGGCUGGCAAGAGGUUAAACUUCGUAUUCGGCAAAGUGAACAUGUAUCUGCACCGAAACUUGAUGCUGAAUGUUUUUUUGGAUCCUGCAGUAUGUUCCUUACACCACACCAAGUCCAUCUAUUAGCGGAAUUUGCAAGUGGAAUUGCUACUCCUGUUUCAGUAAGUCCCGACCCCCAAAGAGAUGAAUUUCUAUCAAUGCAGACAAAUAAUUUCGCAACCUGCCAUGAUGGGAUUAAGUUAUCACCUACAAAUGCAAUGACCUCACCGUCGGAUAAGGACAAAGAAGAGAUAAGAAAGCGUAAUCGACAAAGAAAUGAAGAUCUUUAUUUGGCGAAUCCGCCUUAUCAAUAUAUUGAUGAAGGAGAUCAGUUCUUUUCGAUGGAAGGUUCAAAAUUGUAUUCACAUGUUCCCCAAGAAGCAGCAGAGUAUGAAAACAGUGAAUAUGGGACUUCUAUUUAUAGUCAAUCAACAGGUUUUACGCCAUCAUCUGCUUAUACUAACCGUUCUAGAAUGACACCCAUGCAUCCUUCGUCGAAAGUAAUGGGUGGAGGCCAUCACCAUUUUGGCACAGAACAUGCUCAGUCAAAAUACAAUGGUUAUGGUACAUCUCCACAUGGUCUGAGACGACAUCACUCAAGUCGCAGUGAAGAAGAUAAAACAACUUCGAACCAUUGUCAUUAUCAGUUUCAUAUCAGAGCAAUGGCAGUCACGGUACUUCAUAUAAAUCCCCUGCCGCCAUCAGCAUCACCCACGCAUUCCCAUAAAGUCGAUUCGUCCUUAACACCUCAGCCAAGUUUAGAGAGCAAUGUGGAUUCUUCUCAUAACAGUAUGACAAACUGCCAUGUUGAAAUGUCAAAUAAGUAUUAUGCAUUGUGUGAAACCCUCCUUGAUGAAACGCUCAAAGCCAACAAAAAUAUAAACACUUUAAGAAGUGAUUUAGCUUCAGUGUGUUGUCCACAUGAUCAUCUUCGUUUCACAGCAGCACAUAUACAUCUUGACAGUGAGCAAAAAACAUCUCAAACAUCCAGCAGUGAACUUUCAUUUGGUAAAGCUGAAAUUACUGAAUGUUUGUUUAUUGAUGCUCCCAGAAAAUCUUCUUUAAAAAGUGGGAAAACGAAAAGCUCUCCAGUGCUAAAGAAAAAGGUUUCUGUUCAUUCUGAAAUUCUGGUGUUUGAUCCUAAACCUUUUGCCGGUGGUUUGGUGAAAACCGCACAAUCGGAAUUGUCACCUGAUAUCAAGAUUAGUAUAAAUAAUUUUGAUAGUCAUCGAUCUUCCAAAACAACAUUGCAUGUUCAUCUCUCUGCUUGUGAAUCUGAAGUUGAUAUUAGCAUUGUAGAUCGAUUGAGCACACUGCUUUAUCCCCCUGAUUCAAUAACGAAAGCACAAUCUAAUGCCGCAAGUAUGUUCUCACCUACAAGCUAUGCUCACAGUCUUCCUGAUGCUUACAGCCAGCAAGCAGCUUUCAAUGAAGCUCUUUCAGAGGAUAAUAAGGAUCGUCAAUUAAAUUUGAACAUCUCUGCAUCAUUUUUGAAAAUCAAUUUCCGAUUUCCAAUCGCAGAUUUGAGACCGGAAAUGGAGCGACGACCAUGGUACAAUCGUUCAUUACGAGAUGAAACACUUAUUCUGGAAGCUCAUGACAUUGCUUUCCUAACUUCUUCGCUUGGAUCAGGUGGACAAGUAGGAUCUCGUUCUGGACAGAAAUGGCAAACUCAUAGCUCGUCGAGCUCACAGCAAAGACAGGAAUUUGAAAUCACAGUAAAGGAUUUACACGUUCUUUACUCAGAUGAACCAGAGAAGCCUAAAUCAUUUCUACGCAUUAGUCAAAGUCCAUCUGUGAUCGGACCCUUAGGAGGUCAUGUUGAUGCAAACAGUGGGAUGGAUUAUCCACAUAUUAAAGUAACAAUAAACCCAAGUCAUGAAGAAAGCAACAACGUUCUUCUACAAGGUAACACAACUUUAACAGAGCAACCAUCACCAACUAAAAAGAAGUUUGAAAAUUCCGACGACCCUUGGUUGGAUGAAGAAUUCAUGUCUGGCUCACAUAAUAGCUCUUCUGAUGCAAACCCUUCUCCAUUUUCGAAGCGUAAAGUUAUGUACAACAGUGAAGAAAUGAUUCUUCCUGGAGAUUCGUCUGAAAUUUCUGCAUUUUCUGAUCAUGCAAUUUCAACAUCCCUCAUUUCAAUCUCUAUUCAGCUUCCCGCAGUAAAUGCUUUUCUUGUCUCAAAACCAUUUUUUGAAAACUUAUAUAAUCGUAUCAAUAACGACAUUCUACUGUGGGCUCCGGCUGCUCCUAGACCUCACGGAAAAUCAAAGAAUUUGUAUGAUUCUAGAUCAGUGUCAUAUCUAUCAGGAAGCACUUUUCAAAUCCCUGAUAAGGGUUUAGAUAUCGCAAGUCAGCUGUUGGUGAACAGUGAUGAAAUUGAUGAAAACAUGUCAAGCUCUUGUUCAGAUUCUGAUGACACAAGUACAAAUUACUGCAGAGCUUCUUUACUUGGAGCUUCAAGGCGAACUGUCAAGUCUGUCAAUGAAAACGGAAUGUCAGUUGGAAAACAGAGCCUCAUCUCUAUCAAUACUUAUAUAGGAUGUGGCCGAUUAUCUGCGAAGUGUAACUAUAUUUGCCCAGAUGGGUCUGUAUCUAACUCCGUACAUGGUGAAGUCGUGGUUAUGUUGAAAGAUGCAAAUAUUUUCAAUGUUGCCAGUUAUUGUGGAAAUCCUUUGCUUGACUAUGUAUGUAUACAAAUAAAAAAUUUCAGUCUUUUUCAUAAAGCUGAUGUUCCAACAUUAGGUGCUGUUCUUCCUCCUGUUGAGAGGUUGACUGCAGACGCACCAACUCAUUUGGACAAAGUUUUAACGAAUUGUGAAGAGGGAAUUUCAAGCACAUUCAGUGGAAAACAAAAUCAAGAAACACAGAAUAUGAUAGUUUUAGCGAUAAAGCUUCAAACGGAAGAAGCCCGGCCAUUGAAACAAUGCCUUCUGGCUGCUGGAAUCAACGGUGUCACACUACAUCACAGAUUCACAAAACCAGGACAAAGCUGGCUGGAACAAAUAAUGGAUUUAGUAGAUGCAACAGAUGACCAAGUUUUGGGAUACAAACCUCCUUCUUUUAUCACAGAAAUUCAUCUUAAUGUCAAAAACUCUGCAGCGAUAUAUAGACCAGUAAACAUGUUUCCUCCAGUGAGCGCUGUUGUUACCGCAACAUCAUUUUCUUUGUCUUCAAAUAUUGUUGCAGGGGCACCCAUGUCAGCUUUGAAUAUUAUCAUUGAUGAAGCUAAAGUAUAUAUCACGGAUCAACAAAAUAUGUCCUACGUUGAUCUAGUUUACGAUUAUGCCUGCGUCGUAGAUGUUAAUUUCUUUGAUAUGUGUUUAAAAUUACGCAAUGAAAACUCGAACAAUGAAACCGGUGAUGGUAGAAAUGACAAUGAACCUCUGAUCGAUUUUCAAGCUUCGAAUAAUAUUAUCAUGCUAAGAACUUGUGCCGAUUCUUGUGCUGCAUUGGGUGCUUUGGUUCAAUAUCUUGCUGACGAUGGAGAUUUAGCAACAGGACUGCAAGAUGACGAUUCUAUUUCUGAUUAUCAAAGUCAGGUUGAUAUGGGUUACACUGAACAAAGUCAGCAGCAAAACGAACCGAGCGAAUCUUUAUAUGAAAACGAACAAAAUGAAGAAGAAGACGAUGUUGCUGAUCAAAUCACUGAUGCAAUGGAGGAAUUUUUUGAAGACGCCGUUUCAGAUUUUAAUGUUUUUGAGGCGAAACCAAAAUCUGCGAUGACGGAGUCAAUGUAUGCAUUUUCAUCUAGUUCUGACAAAAAAGAAAGACAUCGUCCAAGCAAACAUAAUGAUAUUAUGUCUCAGUCUGUCAUGAUGCCAAAUGAUUUUAACAAGCGAAAAGUCAAAAAUCGAAAAACUGAUGUUUUUGCAAGACAUUCUGGCCAAGAUUUUUAUUAUUCUGCUUUCCAUAAACCCGGUGUUCGUCACGAUUCCGAAACUCCCAAUGACGAUGAUUUUUGUAUAAUUGAAGAUGAUUUCGGAGUUUCACAGAGAAACAGUGAACCUGAGAUAGCCUACAGAAAGUGUGAUGGAGAUUUUGAUGAAGACACAACUCACAUUACCUUGGUAGAAAACCACUUCAAACCCACUGGGAAGAUUGAUCAACUACAGCCACCAGAACAUUUCCCUUCUCCUGUCAUGCGAUACACUUUGAAGGAACUAUCAUGCAUAUGGUAUAUGUACGGUGGAUCUGAUUUCAAAACCCAGGAUAUUCCGUCAAGAAAAAAUAGUGGUGCAAGAGCAAAAGAUAUUCCUGUGCAACAGCAAUCUCCUAAAUCAAAGAUUUCAUCCUCGAUGCACUAUAAUGCAAGAAAAAGAACAUUAAGCGUUGGUAAACAAGGUUCUUCUAGAGAUUCAACAAUGCUGAUGGAAGUCCAUCUUACCAAAGUACGUUGUCAGUUUGAGCAAUAUCCUGAAGAUACAUUUGAAGCAAAUAGAACGGUUCUUAUUAUUUCUGAUUUUGAAAUUAAAGAUAAACUUCAAUCUUCACAGAUAAAUAAAUUCUUGUAUCGGUUCCAUAGUGAAGCAAGUCCUAGACAAGCUCAUGCCAAAGCUUUACUUGUGAAAGUUUUACAAAUUCGUCCAGAAGGUGCAGGAACCCCAACUGAAAGCAGAUUACGUAUUUCAUUGCAGCCUUUGCGACUUAACGUUGAUCAAGACACACUUAAUUUUUUAACCAAGUUUUUCAGUGAUAUUUCUUCAGCUGCGAAUGAUGAAAAUGGUUCGCCAUCACACUGGAUUGCUCCUAUGUCAGCGUAUGAGACAGCAGUUGGGUCACCUCCUUCAGGACAAAAUCACCCAAGUCCCAAAAACUAUGGCACUCCUUACUCAUCACCCAUAAUGACACGACCAAAACCUCAGGGACCAAAUUUGGCCACAGGAACACCCCCUGACAAUAAUACAAUGUUAAAUGGAAGUUCUCCUUCUGUCAAAAGUGGUGGAAGUUCUGAUAGAAGCGCCAGCAGUUUUCCUACUUUGCAGCCAACAUUUUUCCGAGAAGUUAUAUUCUCACCUGAAGUACCGAUACGUUUGGAUUAUCAUGGUAAACGAAUUGAUACAGAACAAGGAACAAUAUCUGGUUUAUUGAUGGGCCUGGGUCAACUGAACUGCUCACAACUAAAAUUAAAACGAGUAGUGAAUCGCCACGGUGUUCUAGGCGUGGAUAAGCUUAUCACAUACUUGUUAAACGAAUGGGCUGCUGAUAUCAGAGCAAAUCAACUGCCUUUGAUAUUAGGUGGUGUCGGCCCAAUGCAUUCUGUGGUACAAUUAUUCAAAGGUGUCAGAGAUCUGGUAUAUUUACCAGUUGAGCAAUAUCGAAAAGAUGGCAGAAUUGUGAGAGGAUUGCAAAGAGGUGCAACUUCAUUCGGAACAUCAACAGCUAUGGCCACUCUGGAAAUUACUAAUCGUGCGAUCGGAUUGAUUCAAUUUGCUGCGGAAACUACAUACGAGCUCGUCUCUCCAGCUGAACUUUAUAGACGUGAGAUGUACGCGCAACGUAACUGGCGUACACUUGGGAACCAUGCAAUACGUCGACAACCCGCUGAUAUCAGAGAAGGAAUGAACAAUGCUUUAACUGUUGUUAAACAUGGAGUAGAAGACACAGCUGGGGCUAUAGUUAGAGUCGCACAACAGGAGCAUGGAAGAAAAGGUGUCACAGGUGCUGUUGGAGGAGUUUUGAGACAUAUACCUCCUGCAUUGGUUCGACCUGUCAUAAUGGCAACAGAGGCAACUACAAAUGUCCUGAGUGGAAUAAGAAACCAAAUUCAACCAGAUGCAAAACAGCAAGAUGAAGAUAAAUGGAAAGACAUGAACUCUCAAGAAAUUUUGUAGGUUUAUAAACAUUAGUAGUGAAUUCAGUCACAAAUUAUCCUAUUAAUUUAGUAUCUCCACUUUACAAUUCGAUAAUCCAUCUUUUGAAAGGAAUCAUUACACCGAUACUUAGUGUAAACUUUGGCAUAGGACAUUUUUUUUUUCAAACGAAUAAUUCAAAAUGACAAAUAGCACUUUCCACCACACAUGCCUGAGAAUCAAUUGACCAUAUAUAGCAGCUCAAACUAAUUUCCUUAAAGUGUUAAAAAACGAGUGUUCAACGGUACAAAAUCACUAUUUCAUUUGAUGUAUGAACUUCAACCGGUAUUAUUUGCUAUUUAGACAAUAUAAAUGAAGAGUGCGUAGUAGUAAACUGCAUGGUGCUAAUAUUAUUUUAUUUUGCUCUAUGUACUCUGUAUAAAUUUUACAAAAAUCUUGAUCUCAUUACAGAGGGUACCACUUCUACUAGAUUUUGUAUCACCACAAACAUAAUUUGUGAGACAAAGAACCUGAAUUAAAUCAAAUCAUUGCAUAUACGGGUUGUAUUGAUAAAAUGGAUGCUUCAACCAAAAUAUACGAAAUUUGAAAAAAAAAAUUUGAGAAGAAUAAGGGAAUGUCAAUUUUUCAUUUUCUUAACUUUUUAUUGAGAUACAAUGGUGAAUAUCGCUAUUCAAUUAGAAAUCAGCUUGAAAGGAAAUCCUUUUUUGUAAUUUUUUUCAAAUAAAAUUUUUUCGAAAUUUCUUUCAACCUUUGCCCCUUUGUCUUGAAACUCUUGAAAUAGUGUGUGUGAUGGUAUUGAAGUCCUAAGAGUGGAACGCUUUUGGUUACUCUGUACAUUGAAGUAUAUUUAUCGCACUGUGUAAUGUAUAUAUUAUCAAUUUGUAUAAAUGUGCAAUUAUUUUAAUAACAUUUGUUUAUCCUGUCUUUAUUGUUGUUGGUCAUAAUAAUGUUUUCUUGUUUUCGUUUCCCUCGAGGAUUUUAGCUUUCCGAAUAUUACCAUUAGUGCAGACUUGUUUAGAGUGAAUGGAGAUAUUGAAUCUUUCAUAUUUCUCACCAUCAUUGUUACAAACAGCAAAUUUUUUGAGCUAAGGAAGAUACUUUUCAUUUUGAGCAAUGAAAUCAGUAAUACAGUAGAUGAUAAAGACCAGUUGUUCUCAACCUUUUUUCUUUCUUGACAAUUAACUUUUGAGGGGAAAACUACAAAAAAAGAACUAUAAACUCUUUCCGCAUAAAUGAGCAGUUUUACUUUAUGAAUCCUCCAAAAUCUAUCAUUUAUUAUGUGAAUGUAUUCUAUAUUGACAAAGUCAGUUAUAUAGUUUUGAC